UUUUUUUCAUCCAUAUUGUAGGAAAUAUUCAUAUAUGAUAUAUUUGUCUUUGCAGCCAUGGGCAAGUUCAUGAAAUCAGGCAAAGUUGUCCUUAUUCUCGGGGGCAGGUUUGCUGGACGUAAAGCAGUCAUAGUAAAGAACUAUGAUGAAGGUACCCAGGACAAGCCCUACAGCCACGCCCUGGUGGCCGGUGUAGACCGUUACCCCCGCAAAGUCACCAAGUCUAUGGGCAAGAAGAAACUAAAGCAGAGGUCGAAGAUAAAGUCCUUCAUCAAGGUCUACAACUACAAUCAUCUUAUGCCAACCAGGUAUUCUGUUGAUGUGAACCUAGAAAAGUCACUUGUAAAUAAGGAUGCUUUCAGGGACCCUGGACUCAAAAGGAAAGCAAGACGAGAGGUGAAAGCCAAAUUUGAAGAAAGAUACAAGACAGGCAAGAACAGAUGGUUUUUCCAAAAGCUGAGGUUCUAAUUGUACACUGGGGGAAAAUAAAUUAAAAAAAAUACAUGAAGUUU